CUAGGAACAUGGAACGAGGAAGCUAACUUCUUUGAAUUUUGUGAUACAGUAAACAUUACUAUUUAAUUUUAUUAUUUAUCACAAAUUUAAAAGAUUUUGUUGCUGAUUGAUAUGUUCAUGAAAAUAUAGCGGAUUCCCCGCUUAAUGGUUAGCGUGAAACUGUGGUUGUCCGUGCCACAGACAGUAUUCAAGUUUCAAGUUGAAUACCUGGCAAUGAUCGGCAAUGAUAUCUGUUACUGCCUCGGGACUUCUCCGGUGUCUUCUAAAAGAUUAUAAAUUAUCAGGAAGACGCCAUGCCUCUCGGCUAUAGCUGAUGGUUCACACUAUUCGUACCUCCUUUGACAUUCACAAUGUCUAUGCCGAGGACCGGCACAAAACGUGCUUGGAAACUUCAGGAAUAUGUAGCACAUGCAGGCAAUGUGAACUGCCUGGCACUCGGUCACAAGUCAGGUCGUGUGAUCGUCUCAGGUGGUGAUGAUAAAAAAGUAAAUCUUUGGCUUGUGGGCAAGCCAACAUGCAUAAUGAGUUUGUCUGGACAUACCACACCCGUGGAGGCAGUGCGGUUUGGUGGUACUGAUGACAGCAUGGUCAUUGCUGGGUCCAUGUCUGGUGCCCUGAAGAUCUGGGACCUAGAGGCAGCUAAAAUUGUGCGGACACUGACGGGACACAAAGCUAACAUACGGAGCCUGGACUUUCAUCCAUUUGGAGAUUUUGUGGCAUCAGGAUCUUUAGACACAAAUGUCAAGCUUUGGGACAUACGACGGAAGGGCUGCAUAUUUACUUAUAAGGGCCACACUGAUUCAGUCAACUGCUUGAGAUUCAGCCCCGAUGGACGCUGGCUCGCAUCUGCAGGCGAAGAUAGCCUAGUCAAGUUGUGGGACUUGACAGCGGGAAAGCUGCUCACCGACUUCCGCGCGCACACGGCUGCCAUUAACUGUGUCGAGUUCCAUCCGAAUGAGUUCCUGCUUGCGUCUGGCAGCGCUGACAGAACUGUGAGAUUUUGGGAUCUGGAGACAUUCAAGCUGGUUAGUUCUACAGAUAGUGACUCUGCACCUGUCAGGACGAUCUUCUUCCACCAGGAGGGAAAGUGCCUGUUUGUCGGCUCGCAGGAUCUGCUGAAGGUGCACGGCUGGGAGCCUGCGCGGUGCUACGACUCGCUGGCGAUGGGAUGGGGCAAGGUUGCUGACGCUGCCAUCGCUCAGAACCAGCUGAUUGGUGCUUCAUUCAAUCAAACAAAUGUUCUUGUUUAUGUUGUUGAUGUAAAGCGUUGUCACCCGUUUGCGCCUAGUCAGGCCUUCGUCACACCGACAUCGGCUGCCGAGAACAACAAUGUGGUGGCGCCACUGGACCUCAACUCUACGAGCAAGCCCAUCGCAAUACCCACCGUUCAUCAUAGGAAGUCCUACACUGGUAGACCGCCCACCCAGAGCAACAAGGACAGCGAGGUGAAAGUUGAGACGGACGAGGAGACGUCGACAGCAGAUGACAACGACGACACGGAGUCUGUCGCCGACAUCAGAGACCCGGAAGAUUACAGGGAGGCAUUCCAGCCAAAGAACAAGAAGCUGAGCCGCACACCUCCAAAGUGCCCUCAGCCGUUUGCAGCACCGCCGGAGGAUUGCAAUGGAGGUGACAGCACAGUUCCUGGUCCUGUUGUGGUGGUAGCAGGGACCGCACCUUCCCUCAGGAAAUGCGAAUCGGCCAGUGCUCUUGUAUCUAAGCGAGCAGAGCCGGCAACUUCGCCUGUAGACAAGGACAGGGCAAAAGGGGCGCGGGAGAAGGCUGACAAAAGCAAAGAUGGAGACAAGAGAUGGCACGGAGGCGGGGGAGGUGGAUUCAGUUCGGAUACGGAGGUCAGCCGCAAGAGUAACCGGUUGAGGACUGCAGAGCCUAGCAAGCGAAGCACAUCCACACCACGUGUGCAGCGUCCUCUGUCCCCCGAGAAGCUGAGGAAACGUAACUACUCGCGCGGUAGACACCACUCGCCAGAUAAGGACAGGAAGGGACACAUAACGCGACAGUUAUCAGAUACGAUGCUGAGGUCCUCGGACGUCAUUCCAACUCCAAAGCAUAAACCUGUCGGACUCAACAUGGAUGAUUUUCUGCCUAAACAGGCACAGAUGAUGGAUAAACCGGGCAGGGGUAUCUCUGAAGAGGAAGCCAUGGCGACAGUGCUGACGGAACAUAACAGUAUGGCUGCCGUGCUGUCCACCAGACACAAGAACCUGCAGGUCGUGAGAACCAUGUGGACCAACAGAGACGUUCGGACGGCGCUAGACACAGCCAUCACGAUGAAUGACCUCUCCGUCGUCGUGGACCUCAUGAGCUUGAUGUGCCGGAAGGACCACUGGUGGAAUCUCGACCUUUGUGCCUUGGUUCUUACGCAACUCACAGAGUUGCUGCAGAGCAAGUAUGAACACUAUGUGAUAUGUGGUUGCAACGCGUUUAGAAUAAUUCUACAGAACUUCGGCACUAUAAUAAAGUCGAAUAUCUCAACUGGAUCGGGCAUUGGUGUGGAUAUCUCCAGAGAGGAAAGACAAAACAAGUGCAAAAUCUGUUAUGGCCACAUCACUUCUAUCCGUCCACUUUUGGAUAAGAAGCGGUCAGGAAAGCUCGGAAGUCGCUUCAGGGAACUGGUCGUUCUCAUGGACACAUUAUUAUAGGCAAAGAUGGACACGCUGGUGUGAGGUGUGUCUCUCAAACGCCAUGAGUUUCUCUGCAGGCUAUAGUAUGGACCCAUGAGUUUCUCUACAUGCUAUAGUAUGGACCCAUGAGUUUCUCUGCAGGCUAUAGUAUGGACCCAUGAGUUUCUCUGCAGGCUAUAGUAUGGACCCAUGAGUUUCUCUGCUGGCUAUAGUAUGGACCCAUGAGUUACUCUACAUGCUAUAGUAUGGACCCAUGAGUUUCUCUGCAGGUUGGUGUGAGUCCGUGAGUGCCUCUACAUGCAGUUAUGAGCCCACGAGUGCCUCAGCAGUCUAGUGUGAGACUUGGUGAUACUCUGUAAUUUAUUGUGAGCCAAUGUGUGUCUCUAGAAGGCCAGUGACUACGAACGAGUGCUUCUACAGACUAGUGUGAGCCGCCCCUGGGUGCCUGCAUUGUGCAUUCAUAUACAUGAGUGCUCACAAACGUGUGUAGGCUUUUACAAGUGUAGAGCAUUUGCAUUUCUGGGAUGCAUGUGUGUGAAUCGGUGACAUGCUACUGUUUUGCGGUUUUACGCAUACCUGUGGCCGUGUGAUAGCAACAACACAUCCGAUAAGCAGAGUAUCUAUCGUAUACUCCCGUGAUACCAGUUUUAGGGCUUGGUGAAAUUUCAUAAAGAUGCUGCCAGGUGCUGUUUAUGUCUCUUAUAUGACAGCAAUACACCCUGUAAUACUGCUACAGUGCUGCCAAUUACAUGUCUUAACAGUCUAGUGGCAUUUUUAUGUAGCACUAUCAAGCUCUAGAAUUUGUGUCAACAGUGUAUGCAGUGUAUGUGCUGUCAACAAUGUCAACACGAAUGUCAACAACGUUCUGCGCUCGGAUAAUUGGAGUGUUUUCACCUGUAUGACUGUGAUGGAUUUAUGUGCGUGGCUCCAUCUGGUGAGUGAGAUAGCUACAGUCGAUGAUACGGCAACCAGUACAGUCAGCAUGGAGAAGCUUGUAUUAUAACGUGCCGUAAAUCUGCGUACCGACGAUUCGGAUCAUCUUGGUGCAAUCAGUAACUGUAACUGGUGUUGUAAAAUAUAGUUGACGUUUCUUGCAAUUACCGGUCCGGUUGGCCGAUAUAUUUGACUCUUGUUGUGAAUGCAUGGCAGCAUGCCUUUCUUGUGUUCUUGAAGGGACCAUGCCAGACUAUUUAUAUUUUUCCACGAUUGCGGCAAUGCACGGCGUGUAGAAUAUGUAAAUACUGUUCUCUUAACAGAAUGUUAUACACGAGUUUUCCAAGCGAGUCGCAGUUAUGCAGUCCGUAAUAGAUGGCGUUAUCAUCUGCUGCAACGUGUUGUAAACUAGAAGUUGAUUUUGCAGCGUAUUGUGAGAGCUUGUAAGCUUGUAACGGCACAGCUAUUAGCUCCAGUAGCAACAUCAGUGUCUCUCUGGGUGGUAUAAAUGCCUACAGCUGAGCGCAGCUACUACAAUUAAUAAUAAUUAUUAAGUUGUAAGAUAUUUUAGGUAUAAUAUUAUUGCAUGCUCGGGAUAAGUAAUCACCACAUAUUAGUUGUAAACAUAGAUGUGUUUGAAUAUCGAUAGGUGUCAUGUAUUUAAUACACUGCUAAGUGUCGCCUGUUUGCGGGUAGGCUCUGUUGUGAUGAGUAUAAAUAAGCAAUAUGCUGUUCUAAAUAAUAUACGGGGCCUAGUUGUGGUUUUUAAAUGGAUUCCUUAUAUUAGGAUGAGCCCCUGGUGUACAAUCAGUGUCAUACUGGCUAUCUAUGUGGGAGUUCACAGCGUUCACGGUGGCGGAAUGAUAGAAAGCGCUUAAGAACAAUACGAUCUGUUAAUGGUUUUGUACGAUAUCAGUGCCCGUCUAAUAACAUGUUAUGAAUUCGUUCUGCAUGAUAUAAUAAUACAGAUGCAUGUGAGCUGUUUAGCUUGAGUGCGCGUUGCAGUCGUUUCAAUAAUACCAGUGAGUGGAGUGGGUGAGAGCCGUGCUUCAUCCGUAACGACGUUCUGAGUGAAUGGAUUUGUGACUGCACGUUACCCACCAGGAGCGCUGUUCAUACGAAAAAUGCAGCUAAGUUGAACGAUGCCGUUCUUGUGAUCAAUGCACUUACUGUGGUAUUUAUUUUCUCCUGUUACUAUCUCGGUGACGGUGAUUGGUGAGGCGUGGGCAGCCGGUGUAAGUAUAAUUCCCGAUUUUGUAACAUAUGAACAGAAUCGGGUCCGUCUCAUAGCCGGAAUAUUAAGUAGCAGGUGACACACAACAUGCAGUCUGAUCUAAGCGAUGCAAUGUCACAAUGUCUCUAGACAAUAUCGAGCCGCAAAAAAACCUUUUUGUAAUAUUUUGAGAAAAUAAAAAAGGACUGUGAUUAGAAGAGAA